CUCACGGAACAUCACAAGGUGCCAGUUGCAUGGCUCCGGAUCCGCCUCUGCUACGCACACAGCAUCGCGGCGACUUCCGUCGUUCGUCAUGUCCUGAACCUCGGCAAUAGACAUAUAUCCGGUGUCUCCCAGGCCAUGACGAAUGGAAAAGUCGUUGAGCUUGGGAUCGAAUUCGACCAAGGCAAGCUUUUUCCUGGGCCUGAGUAUGCUCCGUUCCGCCCGACCGCCGGCAUGAUGGUAGGUCUUGGGACGUCGGGCGCUGACGGGGUCGCAGAGAAGGCGCUCUGUGUGCUGCGAGAGGGACAAGGUAUCGCCUUAACCGUCCUUGAAGCAUUCAAAUACGAUCCCUCGCAC